AUGCAAACUGCCAAGCAGUUCUACGAACAUAACGAUGGGAAGAACAGCAUGGGAAACUCGGAGGUUUCGUCUAUAAUCACACGAAGCCAGCACAUUCAUCUCGUUCUUUUGCGGCAGAUAGACCCAGAGCUGGCUGACCAUCUUGUUGCCAUUGAGAUACUACCGCAGAUUUUCUUAACGUCAUCGCUUAUUGAUAUGAUCUGUGUCUCCAUGCUAUUACGGAUUCGAUGGCAAUUAAUGGAGGCCGAUUAUUCAACUGCGUUAUCUCUACUUCUAAAAUACCCAUCUCCAGAACCAAUCAAGCCUCGUACGUUUGUUCUUGAUGCUCUCUACAUAGAGCACAACACGACAUUUGAGGGCGCUUCAUACCUUUUUGCGAAAUACUCUGGCAAACCUAUACCUCAGAGAGCUCGAAAUAGCAUAUCUCCUCCCAGAAUCGGUUCUACUACCAGACAGAAGAGCAGCUCCAUCAGCCGUGAUAUUUUCAAUACUCCCAGCAGCUCUCCUAACAGAUUAAACUCGAAACGUUUAGACUCGAUAUUCCAAGACGUUUCUGAGGGUUUAUAUCGUCGCGCAGAAGGCUGGGGAGUCACCAAGGCAGUUCGUGGCGCGGUGGUUGAAGCUCGUCGCAACAUGCAAAACCUUCAGGCUGGAGCGAGCAGCUCAACGGUGUUUAAUCAUGAUGGACCGGCGUGGGAUUCGCCUAGCCCGCCACGCAUAUCUCUUGCAACAGUUCGGGAAUUGAAUUUAAAAAUAUCUACGUUGGAACAGCGGAAUAAAGCUUUGGCGAUGAUGUUGGGGGAUGCGUUGGAUACCUUGCAAACCCAUCCCUCUACGGCAAAGGAGAAAGAUCAAGACGGCAGCGAGAACCUGCAGUCGAUGGACGAAGUUGUUGCUCGGAUCCAGAAAGUGAAGACCUGCCUUCAGGAUCCAGCAAUUCCACUUGACGCAGAAGGUAGACCUGAGGCAAAACAACCAUGUUCUAUCGCUCGAAGCAGCGACGAUUCUCCCACGAGGGUUAAAGUCACCAAGGAGCUACCCUCCUCGCCAACCGUUGGUUCGCAAAAGGCUACAGCCAGGCCUUCCACGGAACAAUUGCAGGAGAACACCAAGAUAACAAAGGCAACCAAGGAGCCGCAGUCACCACGGUCGCCGCCAAGUAGCAUCAGCACCCUGUCGCCAACUACAAAUACGAUAAAGGGACGCCCGAUCCGACCAACACGAACCUCAGUACGUGAUUCAUCCUUCUCCUGGAUCCUAGGCGACGAUCAGGACCGGCCAAGCUUCGCUACCAGCGCAUCCGAACCUCCCGAGCAGAGACGCGAACCAUCGAAAUCGCUCUUCACGGGUCCCGAGGGCGAUGACCGGGCAGCUGGACAGCCGGAUAUAGAAGGCCUGGUGCUAGCUGAUUUACAGCACGCGCCGCAGUCGAUGCAACAGCAGCAGCAGCAGCAGCAUCCGGACAAGUGA